CGUCAUUUCCGGAUGAGGCGGGGCCUCAGGCUGCUGAUUCACAGAGUGGAAGCAACGAUUAGUUGAUGAAAACCAGGAUCAUGGCUCUGUUAUAGACUCUGAAACCUCAUCAGCGCUCCCCCCCACAGGUCGUCAUGAUCCCUACAGACUUUAAAAGCCUAAUCCAGAGGUUUUAUCAUCUUCAGGCCGAGCGAGUGGAGACAUAUCGGCUCUUUGAUGAAGGACAUGAGGCCUACUUGAGGACUGGGCCUCACUACGACUUCGACCACUACAGGCAGCUGGUCCAUGAGAUAACGCAGGCGUUCUGUGGCAUCUCCACGGAAGUGCUGGAGAUCAAGGGCAAGCUGCACCAUGACUUUGACCGGGCUGACCUCUCUGAGCACAUCGACAAGCUGCAGAGCAAAGAGAAGCAGAGACUGGAACUGACGGCCAAGCUGCAGCUGGCCAGGCAGCGGGCCCAGGAUCACCCGGAGGACGAGGGCUGUCAAGAAGAGAUUCAGGAGAUCAAGCACGAAAUCAUCAAGAACAAAGAGGCUCUGAGUGAGAUCAUGCAGGACUUGAAGUAUGACUCAGAGUGUGAUUGACAGGUGACCCCCCCCGGGGCCCGGCUGCCGCCCUCACUUCACCACACAGUGAGGCUGGCCGGUCAACGCGGCCCUGCUGCAAUUUCCAUCUUUUUCUCCUCAGCUGCAAUUAUCGACCCCCCCCCCCCCCUUUGGCUCCACCCUGUUCUCUGCUGCAGUCUUAUUCCACCCAGAAGGCUUUUCUGUGUGUGUGUGUGUGCGUGUGUGUGUGUGCGUGCGUGUGUGUUAAUGCAUGCCUCAGCAAAAAGGAUAAAAAGGCUUACGUUUCAGUGAAAUUGAUGAAAUGUGUAAAUAGUUCAAAGUGAGUAAAGCUAAAAAGCUCAUCCAUCUUUGUUUACUUGAUACAUUCUAUUUUUUAAAUAAUAAAAACACUUGACAAGA